CAGUCUGUGCAACCUGGGGUGCUGGCCCGUGUACUCACACUGGAUACGUGAUUUGUUGAGAAACGUUGUGGCCGAGAGGGAGCGAGGCAGGGCUUUGCAAGACAGACUGGGUGAGAUGAUUAAGGGUGCUGACCUCUUACCAGGAAUUACUAGGGAAGCGGAGAGGUUUGACCAGAGAGCAUAGAAACCCAGCAAAGAGAUAGUAAAUAGAACGUCCUCUUUACCCCUUCCUCAACACACACAUACACGAGGUUAGAAGUUUACCUCUGUAGUCUACAGUAGUGGUAGUAAUGGUGGAAAGAGUGAAUAAGGGGCCUAACCUGGCUAGAUUUCUCUUUGCUUUCCUGCAAAUGUUCCAGCAACAAGUGUUUUCUUAAAAAAGCAAGAACUUGUAUUGAGGCUUGACUGAGUUCUUGGGAAAUAUAACUGCUCAUUGUUGGCUUGGAAGAUGCUGAACGUGGCCCCUUUUUGGGGUUUUGGAUUCUGUCCUUAGGGCUGGUUUGUGCAAACUGAUGAUGCCCAUCAUUGCCUCUCUGUAGGUCUCUGGCCACUCCUGUGAUACUGGCUCUUGUCAGACAUUUUAUCAGUCGCCCAGCUAUGGAAGGGUAAAAAACCACGAAUCCCAUUGGGUAAAGAUUAUACACUGUUUGAACUCUAGUAGGUUGUGACUGGCUGAAUGAUUUUUGAUUGUAGAGUUUCUAUGAGAAAUUGGCUUCAUCAAAUGCUGCUUUAUUCUGACUUUAUCAUACACAGCAUGCCUUGUUUUAGUGGGUUAGUGCCUGGAACUAAGUAUAUUAUACCUGAAUCCCCUACCAUUUAAAAGCUAAUUUAUAAACAGGGACUUGGAGUGUGACUCCACUAAUGUGUGUGUGAUCUUGGUUAGAAACCCACUUCACUGCCUUUCGUCAAAGAGGUGCGAGGUGGGGGAAGGGAGCUGCCUGGAAGUGAUUGAUAAGGUUUCCUUCAUGGAUUCUGUGGUGCUUCACUGGAGCUCAGAGCACUUUGGCAACUUAAGCACUCCAAAUUAAAAGCUCAUUAACAAUUCCUGCCCAAAGAUCCUGUAAAUAAUCAGGCUAGCUAGGUCAUAGAGCUUGGCCGAGUGUUCUCCUUCCAACUUGAAAUUUCCAAAUAAAAGUGCUUUUAUUCCCUUUCAUUUCGAAAGUGUUUUCUUUGUGGCGGGGUAAGUUGGUGAGUGGCAUUUUCCCAGGGGAAUCUGAGUAGAAUAAAGUCUUAAAUGUGCAGAGUGGUGGACAGGAAUAGACUGGUUCCAAAACAAGGUGUUUCUUUGUGCAAAGGGUGUUGCUAGCUUAGGAGCACUCUGCCACUUCUGGUCCUUUGGAAGAUCUGAAUUAGGUGAUAAAUGUGCUAGGUGUCCAUUGAUGAUUUGACUUGGACUUUUGGUGACCUUCGUUUUCUUAGGACUUGAGGCAGAUGCGGAAGUAUCCUAUAACUGCUUCCUGGUCUGUGUGGCCAUCAUAGUACGGCCUGGCCUGUGUGUUCCUGGCAACCAACUCUUCCCCUAAUCCAAGCCUCAGUUCCUGAUUUCCGAAUACUGUCAGCCUUACUGGUGUCUCCUCCUUGACUAGGAUUCUGGGAUUAUCCAGAGAGCCAUCACUUCGUGGCCAUCGUUCUCAGUCCAAGCUUAGAUACUAUAAAUGUUUAGUGUUUCUGGGAGAUAAGCCUCCUUAGGAAGAAAAGUAUGCUACUAGAGACCAUGGCAUUUAUCAUUCCAAAAAUAUAGUACUAGUAGCUUCUGAAAGCUCUGUAUAUGAGCACUGUUCUAUUGCAUAGAUAGCUGUUAUCCUAAAGUUAAGUUUUGAGUUUAGGAGUUUGAAGAAUAGUGUGGCCCUUACAUUGUUUCAAACAGCAACGCCCUGGGAAUUUGAUCCUUUAUAUUGAAAUAGACUUGUUGCAGAGUGUGUAUUUAUCCACAGCAUUGGGGCUUUCCAGCCCUCACAGAACCUUCAGCAUCCCCAGCUGGCAGUCUUGGCAUCUUCGAAGUAAGGAGAGGAAAUCAUUGAGUUCCCCAUCCUGAAGCUAAAUGGCCGGACUAUGGAGAUUGAAUCUACCUUUCACAUGUAUGUCCAGCCUGUAGUCCAUCCGCAGCUUACUCCCUUCUGUACAGAGCUCACCGGGAUUAUUCAAGCCAUGGUGGAUGGUCAGCCAAGCCUGCAGCAAGUGCUGGAGAGGGUCGAUGAGUGGAUGGCAAAGGAAGGCCUCUUAGAUCCAAACGUCAAGUCAAUUUUUGUCACCUGUGGAGACUGGGAUUUAAAAGUCAUGCUCCCGGGCCAGUGCCAGUGCUUGGGCUUGCCAGUGGCGGAUUACUUCAAGCAGUGGAUUAAUCUGAAAAAGGCUUACAGCUUCGCCAUGGGCUGCUGGCCCAAGAAUGGACUUCUAGACAUGAACAAGGGCCUCAGCCUGCAGCACAUAGGCCGGCCCCACAGCGGCAUUGGUCAGUCCCUCCACACGUUCCCCUGGCAGCUUGAUGACUGCAAGAACAUUGCCAACAUCAUGAAGACACUCGCAUAUCGAGGCUUCAUCUUCAAGCAGACAUCGAAGCCAUUCUGAUUGGCCGAGGAUGGGAUGGGGCAGGACAGAGUAGCUGCUUGGCCCAGCCCAGAACCCUCCACGCCCUCACCAGAGGGGAAAAAGGACAGUGGCACAGCUCUAUGUCCAGAGUGUCCCCCAGCCUGUCCUGUGGGCUUCUGCCCUGGGUAAGGGCUUGGCUACUUGGCCCCUCUGGAGUAGACACUUUGUGCCCUCCACCCCGACCCCUCAACCUCAGCCCAGUAUUAGCCCCUCCCAUUGUGGGCCUGGGCUAGGGGGACCCAGGCACUCACUGCCUCCUCCCCGGUACACAGGCUUCUGCUGGGGCCACCAAGCCUCCCUGUGUCCCUUCCCAUCCGUAGUGCAUGGUGUGUGGUGCCCACAGGGCUCCAGGACAGAUCAGGCCCCACCUUGUGUCUACCCCCAUCCCCGCUGUGAACGUGCCACUGAAUAAAGUCGGGGAAAUGAG